CGAGUGGAUUAUGGACUCGGGUUGCACCUAUCAUAUGUGUUUCAACAAGGAGUGGUUCUUCAACUUUGAAGAACUAGAUGGAGGAGUUGUUUACAUGGGCAACAAUGACGCUCUACAAGCAACCGGGAUAGGUUCAAUCCGACUGAGGUGCCAUGAUGGAACCACAAGGAUUCUGACGGAAGUACGGUACGUACCAAAUUUGAAGAAGAAUCUCAUCUCACUGGGAACCUUGGAAUCUAAAGGUUAUACUGUGACUAUUCGAGAUGGAAUUCUUAAAGUUGUUUCUGGCGCAUUGGUGGUCCUGAAAGGAGUAAGGAAGAACAACUUGUACUAUUUCAAAGGUAGUACGGUUAUUGGAACAGUUGCUGUUACGGCUGGAGAAGAUAAGGAUUCUGAGGUCACCAGGCUAUGGCACAUGCGCCUGGGACAUCCUGGAGAGAAGGCUUUGCAAAACCUCGUCAAACAAGGUGUGCUGAAAGGAGCCAGGCUAUGCAAGUUGGAGUUUUGUGAGCAUUGUGUUCUUGGAAAGCAAUCAAAAGUGAAGUUUGGGACGGCUAUCCACAACACCGAAGGUAUUCUAGAUUAUAUCCAUUCUGACGUAUGGGGGCCUACAAGGGAGACCUCAUUAGGUGGUGGC